GUUUUUAAAUAUCAAACCAGAAGAUCGAGCUAGUGUAUACUUUUAUUUCCACCAAGCACAGUAUCACUUAGCUUAACUAUAAUCAAUAAUGGCUCAGCAAAUCUUAACCCCAAAAACUCUGCACCCAAAAUUUGGAAACUAUGUGACAGUCCUCAGUAUCGAUGGAGGAGGUAUUAGAGGAAUGAUCCCUGGAGUUAUUCUUGCUCAUCUUGAAGCUGAGCUUCAGAGAAUAGAUGGAGAGCAUGCAAGAAUUGCGGAUUACUUUGAUGUAAUUUCAGGAACUAGCACAGGUGGUCUUAUCACAGCCAUGCUAACAGCACCAAACAAAGAGAAUAGGCCUAUGUAUGAUGCAAAAGAAAUUGUGCCCUUUUACCAUGAACACUGCCCCAAGAUUUUCCCACAGCCAAGAACUUUACUUGGUUGGGCUAUGGACACAGUGAAAGAUUUGACAGGGCCAAAAUAUGAUGGAAAAUAUUUGCAUCAAUUGCUGAAAAAGUUACUAGGAACAACAAGGUUGCAUGACACUUUGACAAAUGUUGUCAUUCCUACUUUCGAUAUCAAGAAGCUUCAGCCAGCUAUCUUUACCAGUUAUGAGACGGUGGAUGAUCAUAAAGUGAUGGAUGCACAUCUUUCAGACAUUUGCAUAGGCACAUCUGCAGCCCCAACUUACCUUCCUGCUCAUCAUUUCACAAACACCGAUGAAAAUGGAAAAUCUGAACGAUUUGAUCUCAUUGACGGUGGCGUCUGCGCUAAUAACCCCUCUCUGGUUGCGAUUAGUGAAGUGACUAAAAUUAUCCUUAAGAAAGAUCCCAACUACACGACAUUCGCAUCAGAAAAUUUUCGAUUUCUGCUUGUAUCGGUAGGGACUGGUUCGAACAGAGGUGAGAAGAAGUACGAUGCUAAAUCAUGUGCCAAGUGGGGACCUCUGUCGUGGAUAGCACACCAGGGCUCUACUCCCAUCACUGAUGUUUUCAUGGAGGCCAGCUCUGACAUGGUUGAUUACCAUAACACUCUUGUUUUCGAAGCCUUUCGUUCUCAAGAUGAGGUCCUCCGCAUCGAGGAUGACACACUUCAUGGAGAUUUAGCUUCGGUGGAUAAGGCUACCCCAGAAAAUUUACGUAAUCUGGAGGAACUUGGUAAGAAAUUACUGAAAAAGCCAGUUUCACGUCUCAAUUUGAGAACCGGAACCCGUGAACCUGUUCCAAAUGCUGGUACCAACGAGGAAGGAAUCAGAAGGUUUGCUGAGGAACUCUCGAAGGAAAAGAAGCUGAGGUUGUCAAAUGCCAACGUGGCAGGGAGAUAAGUCUCCGUCCAAUGAGAAUCAUGACAACACAUCAUUUCAUAAUAUAUUCAUGACUUACUAUGAGUCAAUAAUAAAUAAAAGUUCUAAUUAGCUUAUUAGGCCUUGAGAUCAUCAAGGGGAGCUCUUUGGAACUGUGCUUGUAUUUGGUGUAAUUGUUGGACAUGUUAUAUUGUAAUAAUGUUUCUUAUCCUUCUUAUUAUAAUAAAUCUUGGACAUGUUAUAUUGUUUCAA